AUGCGAUUCACUGGAAUAUCCUCUCUCGUCGUCCUGGCAGCUGGCGCUGUCCAGGCUGCGUCGUCAUGGAGCUUUGAUGAUGGUAGUGUCUCCAUCAGCAGCAAGAAGGCUGCUGGUGAGGCCACCAAGGAGAAAUUCGGCCCCAAAUCCCCUCUCGAGACCCCAAUCACCCUCAGCGCUCAAGAUACCCUCACAGUCAGCUUGACAGCGAAGGACAGCGGCAAGGCGAAGCGCCCUCACCAGGCCUUCCUACUAUUGAAGGACGAGAGCGGGCUGGAAGCUCCCUUCCCGUUGAGUGUUAAGGACAGCGGCAAGGCGAAGGUCCAAGUCACGCAGAAAGACAUUCCCGUCCAGUUCCUCGUGUCCCCGAAGCCUAUCCACGCCACCGUUGUCAUUGGGUCAUUUGGCUCAGCGCAGGGUGUCAUUGCCGAUGUCUUCGACGUCGACAUCAAGCAGGACUCCAACGCACCCGCGCCCGUCAUUCCCUCCACGUUGCGCUACGGCAAAAAGCCCCAGAUCCACCACAUCUUCCGCGAGGAAACCAAGUACCCUUACAAGAUCUUCUCGAUUUUCUUCGUGCUGGUCAUCGCCGCUACCCUGCCCACCCUUCUGGUUGGUUGGUUCGGUUUCCUCGGAGCGAACCUCAGCAGCCUUCCCAAGGCCCUGGGCGCGGCCCCGCUGUCCCACGCGACCUUCUUCGGCUCGAUCCUCGCGAUCGAGUUCGUCUACUUCCUCUACCACCGCGGCAUGUCCCUCGGACACAUUCUUCUCCCGGUGGCUGUUCUCGGUACGACCACCGUUCUGAGCGGAAUGAAGGCCCUGGGCGAGGUUCAGAGCCGACGACUUGCCGGCCAGCAAUAA